ACUUGACCGUCCUCAAGAUGCGUGCAAUCCUGGGAGGACUGGUGUCUGUGGAAUGCAAAUACGAUGAAUGGUAUAAGGGAAACCCGAAAUACUGGUGCAAAGAAAUGAGCAAAACAUCAUGUGACAAAAUUGUCGAGACUUCAGGUUCAGAAGAGCCAGUGAGGAAAGGCAGAGUCUCCAUCAGAGACAACCAUUCAUUAAACCAAUUCACCGUGACAAUUGAUGAGCUGACCAGCAGUGAUACCGGCAUGUACAAAUGUGGUGUGAUUGUGCAGGGAGGUUUGGAUCUGAUGGUUCCAGUUAAUGUGACAGAAACUACCAGAGGACCAGAAGAUGCCUUUCACAAGGAUAUCAGUUCUAUCAGAUACCUGCUGUACAUGUCCUUCCUGGUUUCAAUUGCCUUGAAAGCCCCCAUCUUCCUGGGUACAGUCCUUGCAAUUAUCUGGAUGCGCAACAAGAAGACAUAGCCCUCCGAAGAGGUGACGUCAGAAGGACCCCUGUGAGAACCAUCACAACUUCCUAUCUGGACAAUGACUCAACCCAACAAGAAAAGAGGAAACAAACUAUGCAAGAAGGCAUUUUUCUCAGCUGGUUCCGUUGUCACUCUGCUGUGUCCUCAACUUCUGCAUCUUCAAGUACCAGGAUCCAAAGAAGUCGUCCAGCCUCAAAGUCACUGUGCAUUUGUCUACUCUGAAACAGUGAUCAGUCACAGUCUUGAUUCCCCCCCCCCUUUUGCUGACAUUCAUUUGCAUUUUAUCAGUUUCACUUGGAAAUUUUAUUACAUGUGUUUGUUUGAGUGUGCGUGCUGGUGUCAUUUAUAUUCUAGUAGUCUCUCUAUAUAAUAAAAAUGUAAGAAUGUUAUCAUGCAGCCCCAUUGGAGGAUUUGUAAUACUAUAUCACAAUCCCGGAUUUUCACGAAAUCAGGGUGGAGGAAGAGAGCAAAAUGAAGGCAGGUUACACAACAGUGGCCAUGGAAUGGGAAUGAGAAGGGAGAGACACAGAGAUGAAAAAUUAUGCUUUAAAUCAGGCAUCCCCAAACUCGGCCCUCCAGAUGUUUUGGGACUACAACUCCCAUCAUCCCUAUCUAACAGGUCCAGUGGUCAAGAAUUGUAGCCCCAAAACAGCUGGAGGGCCAAGUUUGGGGGUGCCUGCUUUAAAUCAAUGGCAUAAGUUUGAGCAAAGCAGGGAUGG